AUGGCCGAUCAAACUCAAGUUGACCACGAAGUUCAAUUAUUAAAAGAACAUAUCAAAAGACUUGGCACCAAAAAUGCCAAUAAUCAAUAUGUAGUUAAAUAUGGUGUUUUAUUUAAUGAUGAUACCGUUGGUAAUGUUUUCGAAGCUUUAAUGGGUACCUUAAAAUCAGCUAAAAGAAAGAAGAUUAUUACUUUUGAAGGUGAGCUCCUCUUACAACGUGUUCAUGACAAUGUCGAUAUCAUCCUCUUACAAGAAUAAAUUAACAGUAACAAUAUAAUAAAUAAUAAUAAUAAAUAAUAUUGUAAAAUAAUCAAUUAUAAAGCAUUCAAUAAAUUAUUACUUUUUAUGC